CCGAGGGAGAGAGACGAUUACAAAGUGGUACGAAGGCGAUAAGGCCGUCACUGAAGUUUGGAGAGAGAGAGAGGAGCCCUUCCUUAAACCCUUCUCUCUCAAGUCUCUGCUCUCUAUUUCUAUCGUUCUCCGCCAUUAAAACCCCUUUCUUUCAGAUUGCAACGAGAAGCCGUCUAUCUCCGGUGACCUGCAAUCCUCUCCAUGGCUGCACAAGUAGUGAGAGAAUGGGCUGGUAUUCAGCAGUUUCCGGCUGCCACUCAGACCAAGUUACUUGAAUUGUUGGGGAAAUUGAAGCAGGAGAACGUGAGCACUUUGACUAUCCUGGUGAUGGGGAAAGGUGGUGUUGGAAAAUCAUCUACUCUGAAUUCUAUCCUGUCUGAAAGAGUCGUUGCUACCAGUGCUUUCCAGGCAGAACCUCCAAGACCUAUAAUGGUCUCACGAGCACGGGCGGGAUUCACUUUAAACAUUAUUGACACCCCGGGGCUUGUUGAAGCAGGAUAUGUGAAUGACCAGGUUCUUGAUCUCAUAAAAAGGUUCCUUUUGAACAAGACAAUAGAUGUUUUGCUCUAUGUGGAUCGCCUGGAUGCGUAUAGAGUGGAUAACUUGGAUUUACAGAUUGUCAAAGCCAUAACUGAUAGUUUUGGCAAGCAAAUCUGGCGUAGAGGCAUUGUUGCACUUACUCAUGGUCAGAUGUCACCACCCGAUGGAUUGAGUUAUGAUGAGUUUGCCUCAAAAAGGUCGGCGGCAAUUCUGAAGGUUGUUCGCCAGGGAAUAGGAAUGAGGAAAUCAGAAUUUCAGAAAACUCCAAUUCCCCUUGUCUUGGUUGAAAACAGUGGACGGUGCAACAAGAAUGAAAGUGAUGAGAAGAUCCUUCCCAAUGGAGAAGCUUGGAUACCUGGUCUUGUUCAUAAAAUCACGGAAGUUGUCUUAAAUGGAAGCCAGAGUAUUUUGGUCGACAAGAAGUUGGUCGAUGGACCAAAUCCUAAUGAAAGGGGGAAGCUAUUUAUCCCUCUCAUUUUAGCUUUCCAAUACUUCUUUGUUGUGAAGCGGAUUGAGAACUGGAUCAGGACCGAUAUAAGGAAAGAGCGCAGGUCAAAGCGUUUCUGAUGUUCUCUGUCUUCGAUGCAUCGAUUUGUUCUAAUACCGUAGAAUCUUUUGUAGUAGUUGUCUAUCCAUCAGAGGCAACUGGAAAGUUAUAUGCGGCUGUUGAAUUUCAAUUUUAUUCCAAGAGCUUAGAUUCUGUACUAAUUGUUAACUCCGAUUUCUCACUCUCUUUCUGGGAUUGCUUGAAUUUAUUCUCCAUUUUCAUUCUCAAUUUCUUUUUGGUUC